AUGAAUAUAGUUGCAUGGAAUUGCAGAGGGGCGGGGAGCAAAGGUUUCAUUCCCCUCAUUAAUAAUUCUAUUCGAGAACACCAAGUGGGGGUGUUGUGUUUAUUGGAGACCCAUAUUAAUGGGUUGACAGCUCAAAAGGUAUUAAAUCGUAUUAAUCUCGAUAGUUCUUUCAUCGUUGAUGCUCAAGGAUUUGCAGGGGGUAUAUGGUUGUUAUGGGACUCAUCUACUUGGGAGAUUGUUGUUCUGAGUCAAUCCAAUCAAUUUAUCCAUGUGGAAGCUAAACAUGCAUCACGUUCUUGGUUUAUGACUAUAGUGUAUGGAAGUCCUCACUCUCAAUUUAGGGUGGAUUUAUGGAGAGACAUCAAAAGAUUGGCUACUGAGGUCAAUGGGGCAUGGUGUUUAUUAGGGGAUUUCAAUGUUGUGCUUCAAGAUGAUGAGAGAUAUGGUGGGACUCGCAAGGUAUGUUAUAGAGGAGAUCAAUCCUUUCGCGAGGUGGUGCGUGAGUGCAAUUUGCUCGAUAUGGGUUUCCAAGGGUCACCUUUUACUUGGAAGAGAGGAAAUUUGUAUGAACGCCUGGAUCGAGUUCUAGCUAAUUUGGAUUGGAAACAAAGGCUUUUAAGGAGGCUAAAUGGUAUUACGGCAAAGCUUUCUCAAGCCCGCAACACUUUUCUAGAGAAACUAUCCCAAGAAUUAUGGGCUGAGUAUGAACAUGUUCUUAUACAAGAAGAAUUAUUAUGGUUCCAAAAAUCGCGAUGCAAGUGGCUCGAAUUUGGUGACCGUAAUACAAGAUAUUUUCAUGGAACAACUUUAGUCAGAAGGCGGAAAAAUAAAGUGGUCAAAAUUCAGAAUGAAUUAGGCGAGUGGAUUGAGGACAAAGCGAAACUGGAAGCGCUGACAACAAGAUUCUAUAGCAAUUUAUUUACUGAUUCUGGAAGAUAUGAACCUUAUUGUUUGACGAACUCAUUUCCAGAAUUACCACAACACGAUAAAGACAAAUUGGCAAUACCGCUAACCCAACAGGAGAUCUUUACUGCUCUUAAGCGUAUGGGAGGGUUAAAAGCUCCUGGUCCAUAUGGGUUUAAUGCUCUCUUUUACCAAACUCAAUGGCAAACAGUGGGACCUUCAAUCUGCGAGCUGCUUACGUCGAUAUUUGAUGACCCUACUAAGGUGGCUGAAAUAAACAAGACCUUUAUUGCACUUAUUCCCAAGGUUGAUAAUAUUACCUCCUUAAGACAGAUGCGACCUAUAAGUCUUUGCAACGUGUCAUACAAAAUUCUCACGAAAGUUAUAGCUACGCGUUUGAGAGGAAUUAUGGAAGAUUUUGUGGGUCCGAACCAAUGUAGUUUCGUUCCCUUUAGACAAUCUACUGAUAAUAUCAUUAUCACACAAGAAGUGAUCCACUCCAUGAAGUACAAGUCAGGACGAAAAGGAUGGAUGGCAAUUAAGAUAGAUCUAGAAAAGGCCUACGAUAGGCUAAGUUGGGAAUUCAUACGUGAAACCUUAACUGAUAUCGGAAUUCCAAAAAAUUUGAUCGGUCUAAUUUGGCAUUGUAUCUCUUCCCCGUCUAUGCAGGUUUUGUGGAAUGGGGAGGCCCUAUCUGAAUUUACACCAUCUCGUGGUAUUCGUCAGGGGGACCCCUUGUCCCCGUAUAUCUUUGUUUUAUGUAUGGAAAGGUUGUUCCACCUAAUUGACAUUGCGGAGAAUCAUAAAUUGUGGAAGCCAAUCAAGCUGUCAAAGAAAGGGCCACCAUUAUCCUAUCUGGCAUUUGCAGAUGACUUAAUCUUGUUCUCAGAAGCAACUCUGGAUCAAGCAGAAAUAAUUAAUACAUGCAUGGAUUUAUUUUGCAAGAGCUCGGGAAUGAAGCUUUGUGAUGAUAUUGAUAAAGCUUGUCGUUCCUUUGUGUGGGGAGAUUCAAACAAUAAUCGUCAUAUUCAUGCCCUUGCUUGGGAGACAAUUUGCAAGCCUAAGGAUGUGGGCGGCUUAGGUCUACGGGAGGCACAUAAGGUGCCUGGGGAUUUGAUGUGCAAAACAGUAGCAGAAUAUAUUGGAGAUGAUGGUAAUUGGAACCUGGAUGCUAUUCGUGAGCUCCUUCUUGACCAGUAUUGGCAAGAAGUAUUGGGUUCAGCACCUCCCUCUAUGGAGAAUGAUGAUGAUCGUUUGGUGUGGGGAGGGUCAAAUGAUGGUUGUUUUACCAUUAAAUCUGCGUACGAAAAGUUAAGACAUCCUUCAAGUCUACAAACCAAAGCUUUAUUUUCAAUGAUCUGGAAGUGGCCUGGUCCAGAACACAUUUGCUGUUUGUUAUGGAGAACUGCGCACAAUAGCCUCCCAACAAAUGCGUGGCGAUACUCACGGUUUAUGACCUCAGAAGCUAUCUGUGUGUGCUGCCAUGAAGAGAGAGAAACUAGUUUGCAUGCCUUACGUGAUUGUGCAUGGGCAAAAGCGACUUGGCAAGCUAUGAUGGGACAAAUAACGAUUUAG